AUGGCAAGUCAAGGAAAAAAGAGGGAGAAGACAUUGUUUUCUUUUUUUAAGCCAAGUGCAUCUCCACCUACGAGCGAGGUACAUUCUCAAAAUAAUACUACUGUUGAAGAAAAUCCAGCUAGUAUUGAUAUUCAGGAAAAUCAAUGUGAUGAACCAAUUCUUAAGACCCCAAGAGUUGAAAUUGAUCUUAAUACUCUUGAACGUGAUCCUGGAAUUCGAAUUCCCAUAUGGAAACAUCCCGUUAAUCAACGAGAUGAAAUAAGACGAGCAUACAUUAAAAUGGGUCCGUAUCAGCCUAAGCUAGCAGAGUAUCCCAAAACAAGAUAUGGGUCACAAAAGCAAGCACGGAGAUUUCAAUACUCUUGGUUUGAAAAAUUUACUUGGCUUGAGUACUCUCCGAAAAAAGAUGCAGUGUUUUGUUUUCCUUGUUUUAUAUUUGAAAAAAAAACACCUCUGCAUCCCACAUUCACUAUUGAUGGAUUUAAUUGUUGGAAGAGGGUUAAUGAUGGGGAUAGGUGUCCACUUUUAAUUCAUGUGGGACUUCCCACUUCACCACAUAGGAAUGCUGUAAAUUGUGUUGAAGAGCUAAUGAAAGCAACGGGACAUAUUGACAAAGUUUUAAAUGCCCAAAGUUUAGAAGAAGUUCAGAAGAAUCGGUUGCGACUUAAAACAACAAUUGAAAGUGUUCGAUAUCUUAGCUUGCAGGCCUGUGCAUUUAGAGGUCAUGAUGAAUCUCCAAUUUCUAACAAUCGUGGUAAUUUUAUAGAGAUGGUAAAAGCUUUUGGUCGAAUGAAUAAUGACAUUGGUGAUAUAGUCUUAGAAAGAGCUCCCAAAAAUGCAAAAUAUACUUCACCGACUAUUCAGAAAGAAAUUUUGCAUAUUAUCGCCAAUAGAGUGAGAAGAAAAAUUCGUGAAGAAGUUGGAGAUGCAAAGUUUUGUAUUUUGGUUGAUGAAGCCAAAGAUUCAGCAAAUAAAGAAGAGAUGUCAGUUGUUUUGAGAUUUGUUGAUCGUCUUGGUAUCUUGCGUGAGCGUUUUUUUGAGGUUGUUCAUGUUCCAAACACUACUGCUGCAAUGUUGAAAGAAAAAAUAUCAAGUGUUCUUUCUCGAUAUAAUUUGCAUAGCUCUAAUAUGAGGGGUCAAGGGUAUGACGGUGCUAGCAAUAUGUCAGGUGCUUGGAAUGGACUUCAGGCUCUAUUUCUUAAAGAGUGUCCUUAUGCAUAUUAUGUACACUGUUUUGCUCACAGAUUACAACUAGCUUUAGUUGGAGCUUCUACAAAAGAAAUUGGUGUUUAUCUAUUCUUCUCAAAAUUGUCAACCAUUGUUAAUCUUAUUGGUUGUUCUCCAAAAUGGCACACUGAAUUACAUUCUGCCCAAGCUAUUGAAAUUGCUCAUAUGGUGAAUUCAGGUGAACGUGAUACUGGUAGGGGCUUAAAUCAGAUUGGCAAUCUUCAUCGGAGUGGUGCUACUCGAUGGAGCUCUCAUUUUGAUUCUAUUUGCAGCUUAAUCGAUAUGUAUGGAGCAACAAUUUCAGUGCUUGAAAGUAUUAUUGAAGAAGGAAAUUCUAGUUCACUACGAGGAGAAGCAACUGGUUGUUUGAUAAUUAUGAGAUCUUUUGAGUUUAUUUUUACACUUCAUAUGAUGCAUAAAAUCAUGGGAGUCACUGACUUACUUUGCCGAGCUUUACAACACAAAUCUCUUGACAUCGUAAGUGCUAUGGAUCUUGUCUCAACUACUAAAACACUGCUUCUUACCUUGAGGGAAGAAGGAUUUGACCAUCUCCUUGCAUAUGUGUUAUCAAUUUGUCCACAACAUGGCAUUGAAAUUCCAGAUAUGGAAGCUUUGUACAGAAGUGCAACAGGUCGUUCAUGCCAACAAAAAAAUUCAAUGACAAUCUGCCAACACUAUCAUUUUGAUAUCUUCAAUUCAGCAAUUGACUUUCAGCGAGAAGAGUUAAAUUCCAGGUUUAGUGAUGGAGCAGUAGAACUCCUUGUGCUUAGUUCUGCGUUAGACCCUAAAGACAAUUUUAAAUCAUUUAAAGUUGAGGAAGUUUACAAGCUUGCGGAAAAAUUUUAUCCAGAGGACUUCACUGGACAAGAAAUGCAUUACUUGAAAAGUCAACUUGAGCAUUAUAAGUUUGAUGUGAUUCAUCAUGACAGCUUUCAAAACUUGUCAAGCAUCAAUGAGUUGUGUUGUAGAUUAGUCGAAACAAGCAAGUCGCAGCACUACAAUUUGAUUGACCGUCUGAUUCGGCUAGUGUUAACUUUACCAGUUUCCACCGCCACGACAGAACGCUCUUUUUCAGCAAUGAAACAUGUGAAAACAGUUCUACGCAAUAAAAUGGAAGAGGAAUUUUUAGCCGAUUCUAUGAUGAUUUACAUUGAGCGAGACCUUGUUGAAGAUAUUGAUUCAGAUUCGAUAAUAGAUGAAUUUUAUUCUAUUAAGAAUCGACGGUUGCAACUCAAAUAA